GAGUCUCCUGCCGCUGCUUCUCUUUAGUCGCUGGCUGAGCUGCAGAGAGCCAAGGAGGGUGCCCGGGUCAAAGCCCCUUGGUCAAUGAUUGUAAUCAAUCAAUCCCUGAAUAAGGGAGAAGGAGGGGGAGAGAGACAAGGAGUGUGGCAGCCACAGAGAGAAUUUUUACAGCCAGGGAGACACAGAGGAGCAACCAGCGGGGGAAUUUCAUGCUGCUAAAGGGGAGAUUUUCCUUCAACCUCCAGCCCAACCAUGGACUUCCAUAGAUGUAUGUCAUGUUAAUGUAGUGAAGUCCUGGAUUUAGCGGCCGUUGGGCGCACCAUGCUUGCCUCUCUCACUUGUUCCUGUACUCUGUGAAUUGCUCAUGUCUAUGAAAAGGAAGCAUGGCUCAUGGAAUUCCGUCUCAAGGAAAAGUCACUGUAACUGUGGACGAAUACAGUUCCAAUCCCACCCAGGCGUUUACACACUACAACAUUAACCAAAGCAGGUUCCAGCCACCGCAUGUUCACAUGGUAGACCCUAUCCCAUAUGACACUACCAAACCAGCCGACCACACGCGUUUUGUCUGUGUAUCCGACACCCACUCCAGGACAGAUGGCAUCCAGAUGCCGUAUGGGGACAUUCUUCUUCACACGGGCGAUUUCACCGAGCUGGGCCUGCCAUCUGAGGUUAAGAAGUUUAAUGACUGGCUGGGCACCUUACCCUACGAAUAUAAAAUAGUGAUUGCUGGGAAUCAUGAACUGACUUUUGAUAAAGAAUUCAUGGCUGACCUGGUGAAACAGGAUUACUACCGAUUCCCUUCCGUUUCCAAGUUGAAGCCUGAAGAUUUUGAUAACGUGCAAACGCUGCUCACUAACAGUAUUUACCUGCAAGAUUCAGAAGUAACCGUGAAAGGGUUCCGAAUAUACGGUGCGCCGUGGACGCCUUGGUUUAAUGGAUGGGGAUUUAAUCUGCCGAGAGGUCAGUCUUUACUUGACAAGUGGAACCUCAUCCCAGAAGACAUCGAUAUCCUCAUGACUCAUGGACCUCCACUUGGUUUUCGAGACUGGGUGCCAAAAGAAUUGCAGAGGGUGGGGUGUGUAGAGCUUCUCAACACAGUGCAGAGGCGGGUCAGGCCCAAGUCGCAUGUGUUUGGUGGAAUCCAUGAAGGUUACGGGACUAUGACCGAUGGUUACACGACGUACGUCAAUGCCUCAACCUGUACAGUCAGCUUUCAGCCGAUCAAUCCGCCAAUUAUUUUUGACCUUCCCAACCCCCAAGUAUCAUGAAGACCCCGGUGCACAGAUGAAAACGGGAAGGUCUAAAAGAAAAAGAAAAAAAAAGCUGCCAUUUUUUUUAAUUGUAAAAAUAAACGCACUGUUGUUGUUUGAUUUUUUUUUUUUUUCAAAUGUAGGUAUUUUGUUUUUUAAUUAUCUGAAAAAAAAAAUUCUUUAAAAAGAAAAACAUUAAAAUGUUGUUAAAUAAUUUGCCAUUGUACAAAAGAAAUGUCCCAAGUGGGCUCAACACGUUUAUUCAAUGUUGAAUAAGAAAUGGAAAUUUAAGUUAUAAAAUCAAAUGAAAGAAAAAAAGAGAAAAAAAAAACUGGGAUUUGGGUAACGACUGUAUAUGGGUUAUCUUCACUUGACUUCUCUGUGUGAAUAGGGUUAAAGAAUGGCCAGUCCUACAUGGAAUUAUGAGCCCUCCUCAUUUUAUGAAGUUGCCAAUCCACAAGCAGAUAAAUUGGUUCUGAUUCCGCAUUUUCCCCAUAGGAUAAGUACGACGUGGUCCAUGGAUGACCAAUUCGUCUGUAGAAAGACAAAAAAAAGGUGAUGGGCACUUCAGUAAUCCACAAAUCACCAGGCAGUCCACCAGCUUUAGGUAUAUGGUAGGGACUUGAGCAGAUGGUGGAAAAUCUGGGCAGCCAUAGUAUUAUUCUAUGGGCAACCACAGUACACAGGCCACCAUGUGAUCCAGUCAUUUGAUCCAAGGGUUGUACGCAAGUAGAUUUGGCCAUUUUGUCUGUAGACCAAGAUAAAGUGACUUAUGCGGUUCAUACACCGGCUAAUUUUGUCUGCUGUAUUAGGCCCUUCAGACUGACUCAGCAGCUUAUCCAUCCAUGGGUCCCCUCUCCAAUAAAUAUUUGGAAGAAAUUCAGCUCGUUGAUGAAGCCUUCUUCCAGCUGCUGGCAUUAAUCUUCAUUAUUAUCCCAUUGUUGGCCCAUGGGCCAAAUGAUAUUAUUUUAAAAUUUAUUGCCCAGUAGCCAUUUUGGGGGAUGAUCUUCAAGUGUACGACCACCUUUAGAACUGUGAAGAAAGUCCAACUGACAAGGAAGCCCAUCUAGGAAUGGAUUUGUUUCCAUCUAAAGCUGUGUUUUGGGGCAGUGUCCAUAGAGGGGAACCCACAAGGUGUACAUAGGAAGGGGUUUGGACAGGAGGAAGGCAUCUCUAAAACCCUUCUUGAAGGUCUAGCACCCAGCCAUAGCUGAAGGCUCUUUUGUGGUCUGAAACCGUAGCUCAACAACUUGAAGGGUCCUAAGUCAGGUUCUUUCCUAAAGGCAGACCUGGUUCCAUCACAGAAAAAGUCUCAUUCUUGUCUACUAAGAAAUGUCUUCGUAAAGAGAUGGGUUCCUUCACAGCUCCUUGCAAUGUCCACCUUUAUUUAGGGUAAAACAUUUUUUGUAAAAAAAAAAACAAAUGAAAUGCCUUUUUUUUCAUGUCUGUGUUUUUAUUAAAUUAUUUUAUCGUUAAUAAAUAUAAGAGGAUGGAAGGCUGUAAAAAGAAAUUGGGUGUCAUGCAGUUACGCAUGUAAAUUCAGACUCCUUUUAAAUAUGGAUUUAUAUAUAUGAAUAUUUUUUGUGCAUUAAAACAAAACGAGGGAGUUAAUACUGGCAGCAUGGCGUCUUCAAAAAUAAAAAAAAUCUGUAACGCGCACUUAAAUGAUGAAGAAUAGGGGGGGACAAGUUUGCUAGAGCCCUCCAUCUGUCAAAGACGCCCCCAGUGUGCAGUUUUAGGCAUGUAUAGAAAAAAAUUACAAUCAAGCCAAAAAAAUGGCGCCGUUGCUCUUUUUUUCUUUGGAGCAUUUUUGAAUUCCUUGCAAUUCUUCUCCCUUUUUUAUGUUGCACUGGGUGUAAAUGCAAUCUUGCUAGCACAAAAAAUGAUUGAAUAGCUCUUUUCUUUUUCCGACCUCUGUAAAUGCUUUUUUUUUUUUCCAAGGCUUUGUCCUGUUUUAUGUUACCUUGGUAAUGGAACUUAGGGGGAAAAAACAAGUUUUCUUUUAAAUUUAUUGUGAUAUUAUAUAUAUUUAGCGCCUUUAUAUGCAAAUAAAAUUGCAAGAUUUUUAAGGA